UGAGCGGUGUUCGGUGACGUGUCUAGGGAGCUUCUUCAGUGCUGAGAGCGGCGGCGGCCAGUCAGUCCGAAGAGAGAGCGCCGAGCAUCCACACCGCGCUCCGAGCCCCACACAGCACCGGCCCCGCAGCCCCCAAACAGCAUCGGCCAUGGGCAUCAAAUUUCUUGAAGUCAUUAAGCCCUUCUGUGCUAUAUUGCCAGAAAUCCAAAAACCAGAAAGAAAGAUCCAGUUUAAAGAGAAAGUAUUAUGGACAGCUAUCACCCUAUUCAUCUUCUUAGUAUGCUGCCAGAUUCCUCUCUUUGGUAUAAUGUCUUCAGACUCUGCAGAUCCCUUCUACUGGAUGAGAGUUAUCUUGGCUUCCAACAGAGGUACCUUGAUGGAGUUGGGUAUCUCUCCCAUUGUCACCUCUGGUCUGAUCAUGCAGCUCCUGGCUGGUGCCAAGAUCAUUGAAGUUGGAGACACUCCAAAAGAUAGAGCCCUGUUCAAUGGAGCACAGAAAUUGUUCGGUAUGAUCAUCACUAUUGGACAAGCUAUUGUGUACGUCAUGACUGGCAUGUAUGGAGAUCCCUCCGAGAUGGGUGCUGGCAUCUGUCUGCUCAUCACUAUCCAGCUUUUUGUUGCCGGUCUUAUUGUCCUACUUCUGGAUGAACUGCUACAGAAGGGCUACGGUCUGGGAUCCGGUAUCUCUCUCUUCAUUGCUACUAAUAUCUGUGAGACCAUUGUGUGGAAAGCCUUCAGCCCCACCACAGUGAACACUGGGAGAGGCACAGAGUUUGAGGGAGCCAUCAUUGCCCUAUUCCACCUGCUUGCCACUCGUACUGAUAAGGUCCGUGCUCUCCGGGAAGCCUUUUACCGCCAGAACCUGCCCAACCUCAUGAAUCUGAUCGCCACCAUCUUUGUCUUCGCUGUUGUAAUAUACUUCCAGGGCUUUAGAGUGGACCUCCCCAUCAAGUCUGCACGUUACCGCGGACAGUACAACACUUACCCUAUUAAGCUAUUCUACACCUCCAACAUUCCCAUCAUCUUGCAGUCUGCCUUGGUCUCCAACCUGUACGUUAUCUCUCAGAUGCUGUCUGCCCGGUUCAGCGGAAACCUGCUUGUCAACCUCCUGGGGACAUGGUCUGACACCUCCACUGGUGGACCAGCACGAGCUUAUCCUGUGGGCGGACUGUGCUAUUACCUCUCUCCGCCUGAGUCGUUUGGUUCUGUGCUAGAUGAUCCGGUUCAUGCUGUAGUGUACAUCGUCUUCAUGCUAGGCUCCUGCGCUUUCUUCUCCAAAACCUGGAUUGAAGUAUCCGGCUCUUCAGCAAAGGAUGUUGCAAAACAGCUUAAGGAGCAGCAGAUGGUAAUGAGAGGACACAGAGAGACAUCCAUGGUGCACGAGCUGAACAGGUACAUCCCUACAGCCGCUGCCUUUGGUGGUCUCUGUAUUGGAGCGCUCUCUGUUCUUGCUGACUUCUUAGGUGCCAUAGGCUCUGGAACUGGUAUCCUGUUGGCUGUUACCAUUAUCUACCAGUACUUCGAGAUAUUUGUCAAGGAACAGAGCGAGGUUGGAAGCAUGGGCGCUCUACUCUUCUAAAAACCAUCAAAUGUUGUUUUUUUUUUUAAGUGGUCAUUCUGCAGACCCAAGAUGUGAGCUGAUCAUGUGACUUGGAAAACUCCGUUCUAUGUGUGUGUUCCAGGGACUUCAGAGAGG